CCGCCGCGAGCCCGGCCGGCGCCGCGGGGAGCGGAGUAGAGCGGAGCGGCGGCGGCGGCGGCCAAUGCGCAAUUGGCUGGUGCUGCUGUGCCCCUGCGCGCUGGGGGUCGCGCUGCACCUCUGGCUGCUGCUCGGCGGCCCCGCCAGGCGCCCCGCAGGUCCGCUCCCUUUCUUUCCUCAGUGGAAGCUGAAACAUUAUGAUGUUAUCGUGGGUGUAUUAUCUGCUCGCCACAAUCACGAGCUACGGAAUGUUAUAAGGAACACUUGGUUCAAGCACUUGAAGCUACGUCCAGCACUGAACCAGCGUGUCCUUGUGAAGUUUAUAAUAGGUGCACAUGGCUGUGAUGUGCCUGUAGAAGACCGAGAAGAUCCUUAUUCCUGCAAACUUCUGAAUAUUAGCAACCCAGUUUUGAAUCAAGAAAUUGAAGCAUUCACUCUACCUGAGGAUACUACCUCUUUGCUGUCUGAAGACAGAACUGUUAGCGUCAGUUUCAGAGUCCUUUACCCAAUUGUAAUUACCAGUCUGGGGGUAUUCUAUGAAGCUGAUGGUGUAGGAUUCCAGAGGAAUAUCACUGUCAAACUGUACCAGGCAGAACAGGAGGAGGCUCUCUUCAGUGCUCGCUUUAGUCCUCCUAGCUGUGGAGUGCAAGUGAACAGAGUGUGGUACAAACCAGUAGAGCAGUUCAUUUUGCCAGAGAGUUUUGAAGGCACUAUUGUAUGGGAAAGCCAAGACUUGCAGGGCCUUGUUUCUAGAAACCUUCACAAAGUGAUGGUGAAUGACGGAGGGGGUGUGCUCAGAGUCACUGCGGCAGGGGAAGGUUCAUUGCCACAUGAAUUUACAGAAGGUGUGGAGGGAAUAUCAGGAGGCUUUAUCUACACUAUUCAAGAAGGUGAUGCUCUCUUAAAAAACCUUCAUACUCGCCCUGAAAGGUUUGAAAGCCACUUGAAAAACCUGGAAGAAGAGGAUGCCUUGUUGAAAGAAGAAAGCAGAAUCUAUGAUGAUAUUGUAUUUGUAGACGUGGUUGACACAUACAGAAAUGUUCCAGCCAAACUGCUGAACUUCUACAGGUGGACAGUAGAAUCAACAAGUUUUGAUUUGUUGUUGAAGACAGAUGAUGACUGCUACAUUGAUUUGGAAGCUGUGUUUAACAGGAUAAUGCACAAAAAAUUGGACAGGCCAAAUAUUUGGUGGGGAAAGUUUGUAUUAGCAGCAGAAACCCCCAACUGUCCUCUGCCCACGGGCUACAGCCUCCAGCUUCCCACAACUGAGAGUUUACAAUGCAGCUCUGAAUACUGUCAGUGCAAAAAUAUAGUGAAUGUUGAAAAUAGGGUUAGCUGUCAGACACCUACCUUAGCAGUGAAGAUAGUUAACCAUUAACACAGUUUGCCAACACAGGUGGUGGAUUCUCGGUCACUUGACUUUUUAAGUCAAGAUUGGACGUCUUCUCAAAAGUGUGCUUUAGCUCAUCCAAAAGUAAGAGCCUUGAUUCAAUAAUUACUAUGGCUCAGAACAGACAUUGCAUUUGUCCCUAGACAAGUUGUGCCUGUGCUUGUUCUGAAUCAGAAAUAUCUCAGGACUGGUUUGUGUACACCUUUCUAAUCAGCAGGGAUCCAGGUUUUGCGUUCACCAUGGAAAAACACAGUAAAACCCAGAUUUUCUCAUUUUAAGGAAAAAACCUGGGAAACAGCAGGUUUCCCAUUGCAGGCUGGCAGAGUUCCAGCCUGCAAAAGACGGGGGAGAGUGGGAAAAGGGCUAUCAGCGGAGGGCACCAUGUGCACAUGUACACAUGGCUGGGGGUUGGGGCUCCACAAGUAAGGGAGGGAGAGAGUUGAGCAGGGCUGGGGCUGCUGUCCAGCCCGGACAGCACAUGGGGCUUGGGGCCCAGGGCUGGAACGUACGACUGCAGGACCCAGGUGGGGAGCAUGACAGAGGUGUGGGCGGCUUGUCUAGGGGGUGGGAGGGCUGGCUUCCCAUUGCUGUGUGCGCUCCUGGGGAGGGCAUUUGUCCCCAGAUUUGUGUGUGGAACAGAGUGGAUGCCCACUGUGGGCUUGGGGCUCCCUGCCCUGCUGCUCUGCCCACAGGGCGUCCGUGGCCCAGCAGGUGGGACCCAGCAUGGCAGGGCAGAGUGGGGCAGGAAAGCUUGGGGCCACCACUGGAAGCCCUAUGCUGUCAAAGCGAGGCACCUCCUGCACAUCCGGCAGCAACACCAAGUUGUAACGCUCGUGGCUGCCAGGCAGACAGGCAGGCAGGGGUGCCUUGCCAUGGUGGUGCAUGGCUUGCAGUGGUGGCAUCAAGUUUCUCUGCCCUGCCACACUGGAUCUCACUUGCUGGGCUGCAGAGGCCCCAGGGGAGGGCAGCAGGGCAGGGAGCCCUGAGCCCGUGGUGGGCAACCCACAUUCCCCCUCCACAUCACCACCACCACCCCCGAUGGGCUCUGGUCUGCCUGUGCCACCUGUGAGGGAAGGAGAGCUGGGCUCCACUCCACCUUAGCAGCCAUUACCUCCUGUGGGGAGCAGCCGGGGCUUGGGCGUUGCUGCAAGGGGCAGGGGGCUAUGAACCCGAGUCCCUGGCCCCAUAGCCCUGGCAGUUGGGAGACACCUCUGACAGGGCUGGGGUCGGGGGCUGUGGGUAGGGUGUGAGGGGCAUCAGCAGGGGUGGGGGGCUGUGGCUUGUGAAUUGAGGGGCAAUGGCAUGGGCAGGGCACCAGCAUAUUAGGGCUGCUCAGUGCUACAAAGCAGUGGGGGUGGGGUGAUGGCAGCUGCUGGACCCGCAUCCUGGUGAGCAAAGGGGCAGGGGAGAUCUCAUUUUCCGUGAUAAAACCAAAGUUAAACACCAAAAUAUAUAGGUACUUAGAAUUUAUUUUAGUAUAGUGAUUGAGGCACCGGUACACUUCAAAAUUGCUUUAAAUUGUAAAUGUAUCAAUAAAAUAUUGUGUUCAACUGAUACCGAUAUAGAUAGAUAUAGUGGCAUUUAAUUUUAAUCAUGGAAAAAGAUGGAUUUUUGGGGGGGAGGGGUUUAAAUCAGAGAAUUUGCUAUUUUGUAUCUGAGAAAACCAGCAUUCCUGCUAAUCAGGAUUUAGUGAGUGGCUGAAUGCACUCCUACUUUUCUACCAUUGAUUCAGUCAAGCAAACCCAGUACAACCAUUCAGAUGCACUUUGCAAAGUCACUGGAUAAAACGUUAGGACUUCUUACCCUGUGAACCUUUUUGGGGUUUAUCCUAGAACAAUGAACAUGGAGCAUCUGAACGAUUGUACUUUGUCCUGAGAUAAAAUGGUUUAUUCUGGGACAAAUGCCACGUCUGGUUGUAGCUUUUGUGAAAUUCUGUGGAGGUGUUACACAGAAGGUCGGAUGAGAUAACUGGGACAGUUCCUUCUGACUUUAAAAUCUAUGGCUGCAGCGCUAGAUUGUAUUGUAUGCAGCUUAAUAUUUUAAUUCCAUUUUUGAAAAGUGUUCUUAAAAAACAAAAAAACCCCCUGAAACCAAAAAUAACCCAAAACUUUAAACUACUUCAGAGUGCCUCCACCCCUGUCAGGGAAACCACUGGUCCCAAUUCAGAAUUUAGAUCCACCUUGCAGGAGCUUUGCUUAUAAAUCUGUCCUGUUAAAAACUGCAAAUUCACAGCUGCAUUCAGGUGGUUUCUCCAGACCCCAGGGAUGCAUUUGGUCAUAUGACUUUAACGGGUGGCUGCCCUUUGGGAUUGAUUUUGAUCCCACAUAAAUGAAAAACAACUCACUGAAGUCCAGGGAGUUAUUGGGAACUGGUGAGAGGUCAGAACCGAGCUCUUUAUUCUGAUCGAAGAUUAAAAACAAACAGGAAGCUUGGGAAAUGUGUGCUUGUAGUGCCCAGCUCUGCCCAGGGGAGGUCUGCUUUACAAACUGAAGGAGGUUUUCCUUACUCUUCCUUUUCAAGUAACUGGCAGGUUUUAGGCCUUUCCCAGGCUUUUAGCAAUACUCAACUUGGCAUUCUCAUUACUGUUUACAGCAGACUGUUUAAAGUGACCUUGGCCUUGAGUUGGGCAGGACAGAGGUUUAAAAGAGUUGCAUGGCGGAGUUGCUAAGUCUUUUGUAGCCUGGGAAAACAAGAAUUCCACAAGUCCAGUCCUAAUGAUUGUCUCUCUUGAUGUCAGCUAAGGCCAGAGACAACCCCUGUUCCCUUAUUUUAGUCACCUGGGCUUCUUGCCAUGUCUAAAUGCGAUCAAAAACAAGACAGUGCUCACAGUUACGAACAGCAUUUAUUUUAUUGCUAAAGAAGAAGGAAAAGGGGGGUUAAAUGGGGAACGUGCAAUGGAGAUCAGAACCUUGAGUACACGUCCUCCUCUGGUAGGAUCGCUUGUACCUAGGUGAGGCGAGACCAACAUUCAUGUAUCAUAGGUGAGCAAAGUAAUUUUGAUUCAGGGUCAGCAAAUCCCAUUUAAUCCUGAAUAGGCUAUAAUGGUUUGUAAAUGGAUAAAGCUGAGCGAUCUCAAUAAAAUCUGAUGCAACAGAAAGGAAGAAAGAAGUAUUUAAAUUGGUUGCAUGCAAAUCUUCAAGAAGAAAACCGGAGAAGGGAAAAUAAUGGAUAUGAGGAAUUUUAAAUUCAGAUUAAACUGUGCUGUCUCACUGUUCAUCCUGGUUAACAGAUCUGCCCUAUCCCACAAUAAGUUGUCCAAAGAAAUGGCAUUUAACCAAAGAAGCUAUUUUUGCCUUGCAAAGGCAUUUCCAUAUCCUAUUAAAGUCACUUCAGAAACUA